UGCAGGGAGGGAUUUCGUUCUUCUUUUCUUUUUUUUUUUGGCCACUUUUGUGGAGGAGGAGGAGGAGGAGGAGGUGGUGAGAUUCGAUGGCGGCGCCACCGGCGAGGGCCCGAGCCGAUUACGAUUACCUGAUUAAGCUCCUCCUGAUCGGCGACAGCGGUGUUGGGAAGAGUUGUCUGCUCUUGAGAUUUUCUGAUGGUUCCUUCACAACUAGUUUCAUCACCACUAUAGGCAUUGACUUUAAGAUCAGGACCAUCGAGCUUGAUGGAAAGCGAAUUAAAUUACAAAUCUGGGAUACUGCCGGGCAGGAGCGAUUUCGAACCAUCACAACAGCUUAUUAUCGUGGAGCUAUGGGCAUUUUGCUGGUGUAUGACGUCACUGAUGAGUCAUCUUUUAACAAUAUCAGAAACUGGAUUCGCAACAUUGAACAGCAUGCUUCUGACAAUGUAAACAAAAUAUUGGUGGGAAACAAGGCUGACAUGGACGAAAGCAAAAGGGCUGUACCUACUUCCAGGGGUCAAGCUCUUGCUGAUGAAUAUGGUAUCAAGUUCUUUGAAACAAGUGCAAAGACCAAUAUGAAUGUCGAGGAAGUAUUUUUUUCAAUUGCAAAGGAUAUUAAGCAAAGGCUUGCAGAAAGUGAUACGAGGGCUGAGCCUCAGACAAUCAGGAUAAGUCAACCAGACAAGACAGCUGAUGCUGGCCAAGCUCCACAAAGAUCCUCUUGCUGUGGCUCGUGAAGAAACAAAACAGGACAGAGGAAAAUACAAGGAGAUUCUGCGAGUGGUGGUAUCUUUAAUUUUUUAUGAAUGGCUUAUCAGGAUGCCAACAUGGUGGCUUGGCUUCACAUAUGUAUUCUGCCUAUUGUUAUUUUUAUGAUAGAUCCGUUUUUCGGGAUGCUUAUGUUAGACUCUGUCUUUUCCGUCUUCACAACUUCGGUAUGUCCUAGUGGUUCCUCCAUUUCUUUGUACCUUCUCACUAGUGUGCUUAUUUUGAUAUAGAAGAUUCUGGGAUUAGCCUUUUUCUCUUUCGAAGGGGGAAAAAAUUAAUCUGAAUAGUGUUUUCUGUUAA